CGUGUGGGCUUGCUCAGAUGUUUUACAAGGAAGGUCCGGGCCGUAAAUCCGAGGUCUAAAAUUUUCCAUCUCGUACGAACGAAUUUUCUCUGUGUCUAAUAUGCCAUCAGGCAUACAUUUCUCUAAAAUGACGUUCACUUGGCUCCCCAGUAUCAGCUGACCACAUUCAAGGGAGCGCAAGCGUUCAAGCAUGCCAUAAUUUGAAACUUUGAUAGUUUUUCCGACAGCGCCUUUACUCUCCUCCGCUCUUGACUGAGGUUCUUUAAAAGGCCGUGUGGGGCCCCGCACUCCUCACUUUUCGACGAUGGCCGAUCAGACAUCUAUAUGUGUCGUUGGUGCUAGCGGGCUCAUUGGAGUUAGGCACACGCAACAUUGUAUCGAUGAGCCACUCGUCAAGUUAUCCUGUAUCGUCGACCCUAUGCCGGCUGGUGUAGAGCUGGCUAAGAAGCAUAAUGUUCCCCAUUUCAAUUCUGUCGAUGAUAUGCUAGCGGCAAAGGCGGCGGGUACAGUCAAAGUCAAAGGUGCUAUCCUUGCUACUCCCAAUCACACCCAUGUUCCUUUGGAAAUUCAGCUCGUCAAAGCAGGCGUUCACGCCCUUGUUGAAAAGCCUAUGUCUACAGAUAUACCCUCUGGCAGAGAAUUAGUCGCAGCAGCAAAUGCCACAGGAUUCAAAGUUCUGGUUGGGCACCAUCGCCGGUUCAAUCCCUAUAUCGUUGCAGCGAAGCAACAGUUGGUUGAUGGGAAGCUCGGAAAAGUCCUUGCCAUUCAAGGAGAGUGGACGGCCCUCAAGCCCCCCGAAUACUUCGCGCCACCAACGAGCUGGCGAGGAGAGAGCAAGAGCGGGGGCGUCAUCCUCAUUAACCUUGUUCACGAUAUGGAUUUAUUGCGCUACUUGUUCGGCGAUGUCGUGAAGGUGUACUGCGAGAAGGGGCCUGUAACAAGGAAGAAUAGCGCCGAAGAGACCGGAGCAGUCAUCCUGACGUUCGAAAGCGGCACGAUUGGCACUUUCAUCUUUUCAGAUGCAGUGGCUUCGCCGCAUAAUUGGGAGGGAGCGACCGGAGAAAACCCUACAAUGCCAUAUACUGGCCAACACGUAUACACGUUCUUCGGCACCAAAGGAACGAUGUCUGUCCCCGAGCUCAAAGUACACCGCUACGCCAGGGACGACGACAAAGGCUGCUGGACGGAUCCCUUCACCGCCGAUCCUGCGCCUGCAAUCGAGGAUAUCCCACCGUUCACCCUUCAGCUGCGACAUUUCGUGGAUGUAUGUAAGGGAAAGGCGGAGCCCAACUGUAGUAGUUUGGAGGCUUUGAAGACGAUCGUUCUGUUGGAGAAGAUCAAGGAGAGUAUGGCGAAGGGCGUGUCGGUAGACGUUCCGCAGGGUUAGAAGCAAGUAAUAAACGUGAAUGAAAAAGAGAACCAACACUGCGGGUGACAGAGUAUUUCUGACACUGCGCAAAACUACAAUUGCCCCCGGAUUAAGAUUCUCAAGGGGUUUUAUUAGCGGAUUUGUCCAUAUUAGAAAAAUAAUGCGAAUCGGCACGAAGCAACGAAGUGGGUAAAGCAUUUCUCAGGGGUGGCUCAAACGUUAGAGGUGAAACUGUUGUAUUUUGGACUGUAUCCUAGUACAAUGCUUGUAAGACCU